UAGAGAUGAAGUGCACUAGAUACGGUGUAUAAACAAUUAUUCUAUCAUCUGUGUAAGGCUCCUACAUAGGAAGUCAUGAUAAAUUUAGGAUUCAGCCAUGAGUAUUAAACGUUGACGCUUUGUUGUUUGGCUCCCUCUUGUGGUCAGAUCUGGUAUUACACUAAAAACUCACCCAGACCCUCAGUGUCAGGAGUCAGUGUGUAGUCAUCAGUACGAAGAUCCUUCCUGACGGCUAUUUGUUUACUUAUCACUGUGAAAUUGCCAUUUUAUAUAAAGAUCACAGACGAAAUUCUUGUCUAUUUUAGCAGACCGUGACUCUGCAGCUUUGCAGCCCAAACCAGAGGACCUGCUAUCCACCAUGAACUGUACCAUGGAUGACCUGGAGAAUCAGGUUGAAGUGGAGGAAAAGACUCGCCUCAUUAACCAAGUGCUGGAGCUCCAACACACACUAGAAGAUCUCUCGGCUCGGGUGGAUGCCGUGAAGGAGGAAAACCUGAAGCUGAAGUCAGAGAACCAGGUUCUGGGCCAGUACAUCGAGAACCUCAUGUCAGCCUCGAGCGUGUUUCAGACCACCGACACCAAGAGCAAACGGAAAUAAACACACGCAGAAGGCUAUCUCAUCCUUUAACCUAGAGGCCAGUAUGCACCAACGUUCAGGCUUCCAUAUGCACACCCAUGCUGAGCUCUGAAUUUAUCUGUUCUAGAAAAACUUUUCAUUCUUUACCUCUGCAUUCACUGCCUUAUCGUCAUGACUGGCUAUGGAUAAUGCUCAUGCAGAGAGAUGUACUCUCUCUUACAUAGGUCAUUUUCAAUCUGUGGUCAGAUACUGACAGCAUUAAAACACUGCAGCUUCUCAACAACCCAUUUGAUAAAACAGUGCAACCUUUUUCUUUAUAUAUAUAUAUAUAUAUUAGAGGGCGACCACAAUUUUGUUUUAAUGACCUGUUUAUUUUUGUUACUGUCACUAUAUAAUGAUAUGUUAAAGAUGAAAGCACAGAAGAGACAUGCCUUGUACUCUGCUGCACAGGACAAUUAACCUGAACGUGCAUGAGGUGCCAUUAUUUAUUCUUCCAAAGAGACAUGCAUGAUUUAAGAAGCUGAUAUUAAUUAUUAUUGGCAAAUGAAUGGCAACGAUGAAGAACUAUCAUGGACAAUAAAUUUAUACUGUAUUCGGUGUAUUUUUGCAAUAACAGGUUGAGUUGGUAAAAUUUCAGUAGUACUGAUGGCUCCUCCACAGCUAAGGUCCUGCUUAUAUAUUAAAGGACUGGUUAAAUAUUCAGGGUCCAUACAUGACAUCCUAAUUGGGCCCUGUCAAAUACAAUGUCUUAAUUGUCACUUAUUUGUCUUAAUUGUAACUUAUAAAAAAGUACAAAGAAAUACAAAGUACAAACUUUCUAGCUUCAGUCAGCCAUGAUACAGCGCUUCUGGAGCAGAGAAGGUUAAGAGCCAUUCUUGAUGAUUUUGGCCUUGAAUCCAUAAUGUUCUGAUUAGUAGCCCCAAGCUUUACCCCUCAGCAACCCACACCACUGGCAUGAAUGCAUGCUUGUUAGAUAUAGAACAAGCCUGUUCAUCAGGACAUCCAAUACUUUGUAUUGCCAUGUCAAAUACAAUUUCCACACCACAAGGUGGCCUUCUAUGACAUCCUGAUUCAUGGGACUAACCAUGAACUCGCUAUAAUCUCCAAAAGAUUAUUACAGAAUAUACAUUAUAUUUGCAGAUGUGUGUGGACAUCUGACGGUCACACCCAUAUGUGGGCAUUUUCUAACCUGCAGCAAUGAAAUUAACAGCACACAAUGGGAAUGCCUUUCUGUGCUGUAGCAUUAAGAGUUCCCUUCACUGGAAAUAAGGGACGAAACACGUUUCAGCAUGACACCGCUUGGGAGAUUAUUUUUGCACAGACUUCGACUGCACUGAAUACCUUUGGGAUGAACUUUGCCAGGCCGUCUCAUCCGACAUCACUAAUGCACUGGUGGCUGAAGGAACCAAAAUUCCAACAGCCACCUUUCAAAUUUAGAGGAAAUCCUUUCCAGAAGAGCAGGACAUGUUAUAAUAGUGUUAUACUGUAUUUCCCAUGCCUUUGUUCCAUGUGAUGUUCAACAAGAGAGGGUAAGGUGUCCACAUACUGUUGGCAAUAGUGUACAAAGUAUAAUAAAUAAAGUAUAAUAAAUAUAUAAAAGUCACAGGAGCCCUAAGUAUCUGCUUAUAGAGCUAGGUGUCUGUGUGAGAAGUUUGUUCUCUGAUGAGAAUGUUGUUCCAUGAGAGCCACAUACUUUUUUUGAUAGAGUAGAUUUUUAAUUACAUAUGUGAUGGUUAAUAAAUGAGAGCUAGUCUAGGUUGUGUAGCAACUUCCCAUGUCAGAUACCAUCACAAUCAACAAAGGUAGCACUACGUUCAUAACUAGGUACAGUUUUUUUCUGUCUUCCAGUUGAGCAAAAGGACUUCAGGUGUUAGCUGUCAUCUUUGUUUCACAGAUAAGAGACAGGAGUCAAACCCCUGCUUGGUUAACAUUGACUUGCUAGGUCAGGAUCGUUAAUCCUGUUUACUCACGUCUUAUUUACUUUUUUAAACAGCAUCUUCAGAAUGAAGAAAUACAACUAUUGCAAGAGCUGGAAAGAGAGUAGUUGAACAGUGAAACAGUGAAGUGUAGAAAGGAUGGCUUGCUUUAGCUUGGACACAUGAAAGGACAGCAGAGGUGAGGAUGCGAGACAGUAAAUGGACCGUCUGGCUUUUACAAUAAAAAUGGAAACGGCGGCCGCGUUGAGCGAUAUUGAUCCAACAGAGUACUGUGGAUCUGUGGCUGCAUUUGAUUUCUGCAAACCAUGUAGACAAAGCAGAGCUUUACAUUAUUUAUUUUAUAAUGUACUUUAAUACUGUAUAUGAGCAUUUUUCAGGUAUUAACUUGAGCCUGCAAACAGCCAAUGUAAUUAAAGCCUUGCCUGUAAAUUGUACUAUUUCAGACCUUUGUGUUAAUAAAUUGCUUUUGCCUGGUACGA